GCCCCGUGUAUAAAAGCAAGCGCGCGCGGGGCUCCUAGAGCCCGCGGCCGUUCGCGGAGGCGCGGGUAGCGUGGGAAUCCGUGGCAGGAUGUGUGACCGGAAUGGUGGGCGGCGGCUGCGGCAGUGGCUGAUCGAACAGAUCGACAGCAGCAUGUACCCGGGGCUGAUCUGGGAAAAUGAUGAGAAGAGCAUGUUCCGUAUCCCCUGGAAGCAUGCUGGCAAGCAGGAUUACAAUCAGGAAGUGGAUGCUUCCAUCUUCAAGGCCUGGGCAGUUUUUAAAGGGAAGUUUAAAGAGGGAGACAAAGCUGAACCAGCCACGUGGAAGACGAGGUUACGCUGUGCUUUGAACAAGAGCCCAGAUUUUGAAGAAGUAACUGACCGGUCCCAGCUGGACAUUUCUGAGCCGUAUAAAGUUUACCGAAUCGUCCCCGAGGAAGAGCAGAAAUGCAAGCUGGGCGUGGCACCUGCAGGCUGCAUGAGCGAAGUCCAGGAGAUGGAGUGUGGCCGCUCAGAGAUCGAGGAGCUGAUCAAGGAGCCUUCUGUGGAUGAAUACAUGGGUAUGACCAAAAGGAGCCCAUCCCCACCAGAGGCCUGCAGGAGCCAGAUCCUCCCUGACUGGUGGGUCCAGCAGCCCAAUGCAGGCCUGCCACUGGUGACCGGGUAUGCUGCCUAUGAUGCACACCAUUCAGCCUUCUCCCAGAUGGUGAUCAGCUUCUACUAUGGGGGCAAGCUGGUAGGUCAGGCCACCACCACCUGCCUCGAGGGCUGCCGUCUAUCUCUGAGCCAGCCGGGGCUGCCUAAGCUGUACGGGCCUGAUGGCCUGGAGCCUGUGUGCUUCCCGACGGCCGACACCAUCCCCAGUGAGCGGCAGAGGCAGGUGACCCGGAAGCUGUUUGGGCACCUGGAGCGUGGCGUGCUCCUGCACAGCAACCGCAAGGGUGUGUUCGUGAAGCGGCUGUGCCAGGGCCGCGUGUUCUGCAGCGGCAACGCGGUGGUGUGCAAGGGCAGGCCUAACAAGCUGGAGCGGGAUGAGGUGGUGCAGGUCUUUGACACCAACCAGUUCCUCCGAGAGCUGCAGCAGUUCUAUGCCACCCAGAGCCGCCUACCUGACAGUAGGGUGGUUCUGUGCUUCGGGGAGGAGUUUCCGGACACGGCGCCCUUGCGCUCCAAACUCAUCCUGGUCCAGGUGGAGCAGCUCUAUGCCAGGCAGCUGGUGGAGGAAGCAGGCAAGAGCUGUGGUGCGGGCUCCCUGAUGCCAGCCCUGGAGGAGCCUCAGCUGGACCAGGCCUUCCGGAUGUUUCCAGAUAUCUGUACCUCACACCAGAGACCCUUUUUCAGAGAAAAUCAACAGAUCACCGUCUAAGCCUCAGUCCAGGCACCCCGCCUCACCUGAGCUCAAGCUUCACAAUUCUGCAACUAAGAGAAUUCUGAAAGGACGUGGACCUUUCUGACUGGGGUGGGCAGGUGGCCUCCGAGGGGGCUCCAGAAGUCCACAGAUGGAUGCGCUCCUGUCCAGGCAGGUGUCAGAAGCUUGCAGGGGCUGUGGCCAGAACCCAUGAUUAAAGUGUCCCUUUCCUGCAUUUUCCCCUACUGAGGUCUUUGUCAGAGCGAAGGUUCAAAUCAUCAGGUGGCAGCAGACUCGCCUUUGUUCUUCUCUGGCUGAAAGUAGAGAUUUAUGACUUUCUCUGCUUAGUUGUAGAAGAAGAGACUGUUCGGGUUUUUUCUUUUUGUUUUUGGCCAGAAGCCUGAAAAUAAGUUGACAAUAUAUAUAUAUUUUCCCCAAAUAGGUUUCUUUUUUAAGAUGGUAUUUGUAUCCUCACAGGGUCAACUGUCAGUCACUUUAGACCUUACCUAUAAAGUGGGGCAGAUGAUAACUAUGGCUUCGCAGGAACUUUGGUUGUUGUUUGUUGAUUCCCAUGACUCCGUGUCACCUGACAGGGCUGUGUGGGGCAUCGUAGGACCAGGCACUGUGGAGAGGACCCAUUCACUGGCAUCUUACCCUUCCCUUAUCCCACUUCAUACCCAGUCCUAAGACCCAUUGAAAAGUCAUGUCCAAACUGUGCUCUGGGCUCAGAAGUGUCAGCCCACGUACCAGGGAAAGGUACACAUCCUACAUGGUGGCAGGCACAGAGUGGAAUAUCCACCUACAGCACUGUUUGCGUCCCCAAUCUGGCUGUCCAACUUAGUAUGUAAGUAAUCUAAAUCGGUGACUAUUGUCCUACCUAAGGGACAUUUUCAUAGGAGGGAACCGCUGCCAAGGAUUUAGUUUGGAGAUCAGUACACACCAGGUGCAGAGGCCAAGCAGAUGUGGGGCAGGGAGCAUCGUCACCUGCUCUUGUCUGCUUCUCUGCUCUACUUUGUAACAAGCCUGGGUUACAGGCGCAGGGCGGGUAGACCAGCCUAAUGCAUUCAGCAUUCCCUGGGGAAGGGCAGGGAAAACCUUACCUGUUCACUGUUGUUCUGGGGAAAAGUGUGAGGGUUCUGAAGACAGUCUCGGGCAGCUACGAGUGACAGGCCACACCUUACAGCCUGAAAAGCUAAGGACCAUGGUGACCUUCGUGGCUACUGUGUGAAGGUGAUGGGUGGGGCCUGUUUAACAGAUAGGGUGGCCAGAGUGACUCAUGAAAACAGAAUCCUGGGGCCUGCUUCUCCCCCUCAGCCAAAGUAGGAGCAGCUCUUCUGAAACCAGGACAACCUGUUCACUGGCCCCUUGUCAUAUGUCACCCCCCCAUCUGCCUCAAGGAGUUCUAGUGCCCAAAUCUGUAAUCCAAAUAUUUAUUUUUGUAUCCACUUAAGAAGUAUUGAUCUCAUCAUCCUUUAUUAAAAUAAGUGCGCUUUCAUAAAA